CAUUAUUAUGACUAUGUUGAAUAUAUGGUGAAAGGGUGUGGUUCUCAAUGCGGUUAGGUAUAAAAGUUGCAAUUAUUUCGAAGAUCAAAUCAGAAUUAACUCAAAUCGUUCACUGAACAGUUGUUCAUUCAAAUCACCAAAACACUAUAAUCAACAUGAAGUUCGCUAUUGCUGCCGUAGUCGUGUUGGCUCUUGCCUUGGGAGCUCAAUCGUCCAUCAUCGGAGGAAUUCCCGGAUUGGGUCUUGGCAUCCAUGGUCUUGGACUUGGAAUUGGUGCUCCCGGACCAUUGUUGGCCCAAGGACCAGCUGUUUUGGGAUUAGGUGGUCUUGCUGGUCUCCCAGCUGCUGUUAACAUUGCUGGUGGUCCACUUCUAUCUGCCCAUGGUAUUCCAGCUGCUGUUGCUGUUGCUCCACAUGCUGCUAUUACUGCCCCAGUUUCAGUUGCUGGUGCAUCAUAUGUUGCCCAGACUCGUGGUGCUGUGCAUACCGCUCCAUUGCCAGGACACAUCCAAUCAGCUGCUUCAGUGAACGUUGCCCCAGCUCCAGGAACCUGGUAAAUUAUAUACAAAUAAUUGACAAAAGACGUUUUACAUAUACAUGAAUCCAUACCACCACUCUGUACGCCAACUCUAAGAUGCUGCCAUAAUAUAAGAAACAAUCACUGUCAAAAGUAUAUAAUUUAUUCAAAAUUUUAUUCAGGAAUAGUAAAUAAUAAACAAAUUACUUUACUAAAAGAAAUUCAAAAA